UUAUUGCUCAUAUUCCUAUUUGUAUUUCUGUGGAAGGGUGUUCCGAAUUUCUGGUUAAAAUGUGGCAAAUUCCGACCUUUCUAGCGCUUUAUUGCGCGGUUCUUGUGAUACAUAAAGGUGAAGCCUUAUAUUGCUACCAGUGUGACAGUUCCCAGGCAGGAUGCGGUGAAUCCCUCGACAUCAGACUGCAGCGUUGGACGGAGUGCGAGGCUGCGGCCGAUCAGAUGUGCGUCAGAGUGACAACAAAAGUAGGAACUCAGAUGAAAAUAACACGGGGGUGUAUGACCACGCUGUUGCAGAGUACUGAGUACAGAUUGGAUAUGCCUAUCCUGAGGAGACAAAAUUAUUGCGAUCCUGGCAAAAAUACAAAAUAUGCACAGCAAGAGAGUGAUGGACGCGGGGACUUGGUGUCCCCAGACCACUAUCGUCUCUACUGCUUCUGCAACGAUUGGAGUGGUUGUAACGGGGCCAGUGGGGUGCGCACGUCAACGAUAACCGCGCUCCUCUUAGCGGCCCUGGUGACAGCUCUAGUGCGAUUUCUUCACUGACGACAUUGGCGAUAAGAGACGAAAAGUUUUAGGAAUAUUUUUGUAAAUUUUCAACAUUUCUUUAAAUUUCCUGCCUUGAAUGAAUUAUGCAGUUUGAAUUUUUAUCGAACGAAUCACGGAAGUUGUCCAUAUCUAAUGACGUGGGACUCACGUUUUGUUUUUACCACUUUCCACUUUAUGACGGGAAUGUAACAAAAUCUGUAUUAUCUAUUUGAUUUGAAUCAGGGCAGCAGGGCUUUCCAACUUCUUCUCAGAGCAGGUUGUCGCUGAAGGUCUCUGAUGUAGAAAUAAUGCCACGGCGACCCGAACUCACUUUGGGAUUGAUUGAAUGCAUUAUUUAGCCCUAAUAAGAAAGAAUUUGAAGCUGAAAUAGACUACUCAUUUGCCAUGUGUUUGGUGGUUAAAAUGUGACUGGGGAGUCAAAAAAACCUCAAAAAUUUGAAAAAAAUAACUUUUUUGCAACAGGCUGCUGGCCCCUGGGGUAACCUGUUGGUUUUCUGGUGCCCCCUGGUUCAGCAAGACGCCCCAACGAUCAGCUUAUAGUAGUUGGAAAGCCCUGCCAUGGUUCUGUGUGGUGAACAUUAUAAAUGUAAACUCAACCGAAAGCAUCAAAGUGCUCCAGAACUUGUCGUUCCAUGUAAUGUAUUCCUUCCAGAUGUUUAUAUUUGUUAAAUGUUUUGCUGGGGUGUAUAAAGAAUAGGCCAUGUUAGCUGAGCUCUAUAUUACUCAUACUGGGUAAAAUGUUUAAAAAUAAUUCGUGUUUUGAGGAUUGGUGGCUGGCCUGAAAGUUACGUCAAUGAUGAUACCUGACCAGGUCGUUGUAGUAGCUUAUCACUUUAUCGAUGAGAAUCAUCCGGAUAUAUCCGGAUUUCUUGAAUUGGGAUCAAAAGAUUUAUUCUCUCCGCCCAUAAUUAAGUAUGUGCUUGUGCUUUCAGACUUAUCAGUUUAUUGAACAAACUGUUUCCAACCCAGUCUUAUCACACUACACACAGAUCUUUAAAUCUGGAGCAAGUCUCUGAAAGUGUUUCCAUCCAGUAAAAAAGGGCUCUCAAUUAGGCAUGAAACACGCCAUUUAACGAGGUGCAUGGCGGUCAGUGUUCCCCCCCAAAUUGCUUUGUUUUGACCCUCCUGAAUCAUGGUCGGAGGUUACAAUGGCCAAAUCUACUCCGGAACACCUUUAAUUGACAUCAGACAUAAAGUUAGUAUCACAAUUAUGCAAAAAAAAGAUCGAUUUUGUGGUGCAAAAGGCCAAUAGACCAAUGUUUGGCGCAAUUAUGAUGAAAUCAUAGUAAAAAAAACCCAAAUUGAGGAAAGCUGGUUGUGUUCCAAAUGAUGUAAUUGAGUGGCAUGUGUGAAUGGGUUGGCACUUCAGCUUGAAAAUAGUUCUCAUAUCCCGUCCUACUGAGGUUGAAAGAGUACCUCUAGAAUAUAUUUACGCUUCUAUAAUCGAUGCAGAUUUUUAAUCGUGUUCCUCGCUGUAGUUUAGUGAACAUAUCAUACAAAUGUGUGAUUAAAGGGGUACGCCGUUUGUAAUAACUGGUGGUCCAGGAAAAUAGAAAUGCAGUUAUACACAAUGCCGUAGUGCAGUUAUUAUGCAUGCAAAUUCAUUGAAACUUGGUAUUCAUAGUAUUUGUAUAUCUGUCUGCACAAUGGUAACGCUGAAAUUUAUAUUCAUUCAGAUCAUUUUGACGCAUUUGACACUUGUCAAAUGCAACGAAAUCGUUUAUUUUUUACAAUCAGCGUAGACCUUGAAUGUUAUACUGUGUAAAUAGUUGUAAAUCUGUGUCUUUAUAUCUGAAAAUUACAUGUAUGAUCAUGAUCAUGUAGGUUAGUUGGGAUCCUUUGAUGUGUGAAUAUCACAACUUGGACUUCUUUGAAGCUUAGGAAGUUCAUGCUUAUUAGAUGAAGGAAUCAGAAGGCCCUCCAUGCUUUUAGAGCUCUGUUUUCGACUUGGGCCAACCUACACUCUUGUUUACUCUCUUUAAGAUAUCAGUCUCCAGUUGUGAUGCCACCACAUUUUCAAUUCAAGCGAACUUGGCAAAAAUGUGACCCGCCAUGGCAAAAUGAGUCGCAUGUCGCUCCGAGCUUGACAGGUUGAGACGGACUGGUUGUUCAUUUCACUAUUGUCUGUCUUUUGUGAAAUCUGUGUAUAUCUAUUUCUUUUAUUAUGUCCAGGUGUCAUUUUAGGCGCAUCUUCUGUGCGUCAUGGGACUCAUUUUGCCGUGGUGGGUCACAAAUGAUCACAGGGUUAGCAAGAUCCAAUGUGUACUGAGUUCUGCCCUGGUUGGCUACAGAACCUGUGUUAUAUUCAGGAACACUGAAAGUACAGUAGAACCUCUCCAUUAAGGACACCCAAGGGACUGACAACUGCUGUUUUUAAUCGAGAGGUGUCCUGAUUAGAGAGGUGGCAUUGAAUGGAAACAACCCAUUUGGGACCAAAACUAGUGUUCUUUGUAGAGAUGUUGUCCUUAAUAGAGUGGUUGUCCUUAAUAGAGAGGUUGUCCUUAAUAGAGAGGUUGUCCUUAAUAGAGAGGUGUUCGCUGUACAUGUGGUACCCGUUAAAAGCUAAGUUUUUAAAAAUCUUUUAUAUUUCACGAAAUAGACUUUGAUGAUCCCUGUACUCAAGUUGUCAGGGUUUGUUGACAGUCAUGAUGUUGCCUAUUUCAAUACUGUGCUGAUGUAUUUAAAGCAAACUGGAACCGCCGAGCGAUUUAUUCAACUUUUCGACUUUCACCGCCCGAGAAAGUCAAACUUCCAACUUCCUAUUCGAGUUCAGAUUUGUAGCUCCGCCCCCAGUGCCCGAGCAUGCGCAGUUCAAUUUGUUAUUAUUGAGAAUCAUGUGAGAAUCACGUGAGUCAUGCGAUCUUUCAUUCAUGAAUUUUCGUAGUAAAUUCCAUAGUAGUGACGUCACUGAAUGAUUGACAGCUAGGCGCCAUGUUUCAUUCAUGCCUCGUUCUGAUCACCCGAUACGCGGGAAAUGAAAACGAGGUCAUACGAACUGGCUUGGCGGUUCCAGUUCGCUUUAAGCCAACCUAGAGACUUAUAUGUAACAGACAUGCUUCAGCACACUUAAUUACGUCGACACAGUUUCUUCAUGAACAGAAGUAUAUUAAUUAAAUUUGUUCAUGUACAGAUGAAAAAUUAUAUUUAUGUAUACGGCUGCUUUUAUGUAUAUUAAUACUGAUUUAUAUGCAUUUUAGGUACAAUGCACAUGUAUAUAUUUCAUAUAUUGCGCAGUGAUUCAUAGUUUAUUUAGAAAUUGCUUGAGGUAGUGGGACCAAUCAAAAUAAUAGUGGCUUCAAGUAUUAUGAGAGUGUGGAGAAAUUAAGAGGGUUGCUUUAAAAGUCAUUCUAUAUAAUUACAGUAGAACCUCUCCAGUAGGGACAUCAUGGGACUGAGCAUCGCUGUCCUGUAUAGAGAGGUGUCCUAAUUACAGAUGUAAUUUUGAAUGAAGUGACCAAUUUGGGACCAAAAUCAGUGUCCUCAUUGGAGAGGGUGUCUUACUUACAGAGGUGUCUGCUUAAAGAGGUUCUACUGUACUCCUAAAUCACUCCUUUUCUAUUUGAACUCUGUAAUCCGGACACCUCUCAACUUUCAGCCCCAAGGGUGUCCUUAUUAAAGAGGUUUUGCCGUAAUUCGAAUUCCUACUGUGUUUGAGUAAGUGCCUCAAUCAGUGCAACACUCUUGCAAGGUCCUUUUUGUUAAGAUGCUAAUUGCGUACUCUAAUUUUCUGAUAAUUAGCACAAAAAUGUUGUUGCUGGUUAUUAGGAGGCCACUUUCAUCAUUGUUAGUGCCAUAGAAUACGUUGUAAAAACUUAAUAUAUAUCCAACUGAUUGUGCCUAUGGUUUGUAUUUUUCAGCAUUAUGUCCUUGAAACAAAGAAUUGUAUAGGACUUGUGAUUGAUUUAACUCUUUACACUGUGCAUACUUUUUAAGGGGUGUACCGCUCGUAAUUUCGGUGGUCCAGGAAAAUAGAAAUGCAUUCAUACACAAUGCCACAGUGCAUUUGUUAUGCAUACGAAUGUGCUGAAAAUGGUUAUUUUAGUAUAAGCACAUGUAUCUAUCUCAAUAACGGCAGUACUGACAUUUUUAUUUAGUACGUAUUUUAAGCACAAUUUGAAAUUUUUAAAUUCAAUUACAAAUUACAAAUACUUACGAAUGGCGUAGGCCUUUAACCCUUUUGUUGGCAUCUUUUUGCCAAUAGGAAAAAGUAAAAUUUAAAAAAACGGUUUUGAACCCUUAAAAAUUGCACCGGAGAGCGGUCCUAAAUAUGGAGACAAACAGUAGAACCUCUCUAUUAAGGACACCCUCGGGACUGACAAGUGCUGACUUCAGUAGAGAGGUGUCCCGAUUAGAGAGGUCUAAUUUAAUGGAAACAACCAAUUUGGGACCCAAACUAGUGUCCUUAAUAGAGAGGUUGUCCUUAGCAGAGUGGUGUCCGCUAAGGGAGGUUCUACUGUAUAUCCUACUGGAGUUUGUUCAAGUGACAAUUUGCAAACGGCACUAUUUGUAGGUUCCGAGAUUAAAAAAUCAUGAGUUUUGCCUUCGCAUGUGGCGCUUUUGAAAUAAAUUCAUUGCAUGCUUAUUCAUUACAUCCUUCUUUGGUCAUUCCAGUACAUAUAUGUGAUUUUAUUUUCUAACAUUCCAAAAAAAAUUGUGUCAAAAAUUUACUCCGUGUAUUAUGAUUAUGAUAAUAUGAAUGAAUACCUCAGGUAAACGGAAUAUGUAAAACAAAAAUAUUGUGAAAAAGUAUUUUUUUUACAUGAUCUGUCAGUUCAUCAUCUCAGAUUUCCCACUUGAUGUCCCAGCGCCCUCUUUGGAAAUUUAUUAAUAAAGGAGCUGGCGGAAUCCCAUACCUGUUGAUGUGCGCUGUCAACCAUGAAAUGUUCGUGACGCCAAAAUUGGCCGAAUUUGCUCAUUUUCAGUUGGCGAUAGACCAAAUAUACAGUAGAACCUCUCUAGUAAGGACACCAUACGGACUGACAAGUGCUGUCCUUGAUAGAGAGGUGCCCUGAUUAGAGAGGUCAAAUUGAAUGAAAACGACCACUUUGGGAGCAAAAGUAAUCUCCUUAAU